GCUCACGUACGCGCUCAGAGAGAGUUUUCGAGUUUUUGUUUGGUUUUAUUUGAUUGCAACUCGAAAUUAAAGGCUGAGACGAGCGCAGCGCACAACAAUAUAAUUGCGAGGUCGAUAAGAAAUACGGGAGGGGAAAAGCUUUGGCCGAUCCGAAGCUCAGAAGACUGGACUUCAGAACUCGAACUUUGUCACCCAGCGCAUCCGAGAAACAUCGCCCCCCAAAAAUUGAUGAAUAAUUAUAAUAAUAAUAAAACGAAGAAAGACAACAAAAGGGGUCCCCGAAAUUGGUUUGCAACACCGCGCGGAUUGCACACACUAAUUAGAAAUGGCGGCGGCGAUUGAGGAGCGAUUCCAGGCGGCGGUCAACGUGAUUAAGGGUCUGCCCAAAAAUGGACCCUACCAGCCCAGCACCAGCAUGAUGCUCAAGUUCUACGGACUGUUCAAACAGGCCACCGAAGGGGGAUGCGAUCAGAAGAAGCCCGGUUUCUGGGACAUUGUGGGCAAGGCCAAGUGGGACGCCUGGAAUGAUAACCGGCAUUUGAGCAAGGAGCAGGCCAUGCAACGCUAUGUGGAAAGCCUCCAGGAGAUCAUCGAAACUAUGUCAUUUACGGAGAAUGUUCAGAACUUUGUGGGCAGCCUGGACAAUCUGGGGAACAUAAGUCUGGACGAACUGGAGCUUGUGUCACCCGGCAUGCGGGAACUGGCCGAAUCGCAUCCCAACUCGCCGUUCCAUUCGCGCACCAACAGUCCACAGCACGGAUCCAGUUGCAACAGUGAGGCGGAGGUGGAAGUGCCUGCCACAACACAACCGCUGGCCUCGUCCGAAACGAUAAAAGAGAAUGGCCACAGUUCGUCACCGCCAUUGACCAAUGGAUUUGUUCCCAAAUCUACAAACUACACACAACACGACACAACGACACUGCAUAACUAUACGAGCAACAGCAGUGUGGCUAUUGUGGAGCCCUCGGACGAUGAAUACGACGAUCCCUACGAUCUUAGCCACGAGCUGACCCAGGCGAUUGCCCAGAAUACGGACUUGCUGCGCCAAAUCCAGACGGCCAUCUCUCGGAUGAACAGCGAUGUGGGUGCAGUGCAGCAAAGGGUGCGAGGUCUGGAGCAGUCGCUUAACGAGCUUCGAACUGGACAAAAGGCUGCGAGGGGAGCGGUGGGACAGCAGCCACGAUCACUGCCCGCCUGGUGGCCCUUCAGGAACAUCUCCCCGCUCUGGUUCGCCGUCCUCAUCCUUUGGCCUUUCCUAGUGCGACGAUUUGCGCGGAUGCUGCAGACCACUCCGCAGCGUAGACACUGACGUAUAGGAGGUACUAUGCUAGCGGGAGAAAAAUGUGGUAGUUAAAUUUUACCUUUGGUUACGGGCACCAGCUUGGUCUUUCGCUUUCUUCUUUCCUCGAAAGCUCUUCAGUUAUUGUACAGAAUUGGCCUUAUUUAUACUUUUCUAACCUCAGGGUUAUCCAGUUGCAAUAUCUUUACCCUCUUUUUU